AUGCUCGAUCCUACCAUGCCCGAUCCUCUCCCCAUUGCCAUCGACCCGGUGGCCCUGGUGACUACAGAAUGUAUCACGGUCACCUCGUCCAUGCGGAAGCAUGCCCGCUGGGCGCACUCCUCCGUCUCCGCCAUCUUGGGCGGCAAUGGAGGCUCCCGCGUCUACGAACGAGAUACCUCAGCGCCGCCUAGUCCGCGCAAGAGCGGGCAGUCGACUCUUACCGGCGAUGAGGAUCAUGCCCUGGCCAAUCGAUGGGGCUUGCGGGGGAAGAAGGGCAAAAGCAUGCAGGACAAUCCUUUGAUAUCAGCCUUCACCCGCCUGCGGAGUGAUCUCAAGGGCUGCAAAGAUAUCCGGACCUUUGAUACCCCAGCGCUCCUUCAUCCAUUCCUACAGGUCAUCCGAUCCUCCUCGACCUCCGCCGCGAUCACCUCCCUCGCAUUGAUCGCCAUUACCAAGUUCUUCUCUUACAAUAUUAUCAACCGAGACUCCCCCCGCCUCCCGAUGGCCAUGCAGCUUCUCUCAGCUGCAAUUACACACUGUCGAUUCGAAGCGAGCGAUUCAUCGGCAGACGAGAUCGUGCUACUAAGGAUCCUGAAGUUGAUGGAGGGCAUGUUGUCUCGACCAGAGGGCGAGCUUCUGGGCGAUGAGAGUGUUUGCGAGAUGAUGGAAACGGGGUUGAGCAUGUGCUGUCAAGGACGCUUAUCAGAGGUGCUGCGGAGAUCCGCGGAGAUGGCCAUGGUCAACAUGUGCCAAGUCAUAUUUAUGCGGCUGUCACACCUCGAUCAAGAAGUGCCUCCAGGACCCGACCCGUUUGCGGGUGAGAGUAUAAAGAAGGACGCGUCGACCUUGAAAAUGGAUCCAUCUGUGAAUGGCGAUACCGUGGCAUCCCAGCAUCAGUCCGCGAUGAGCUCUGACACGGCAGCCGCAGAGCGAGACAACACCAGUCGAGAGGGUUCUCCCGAACAGGCAGGUAUUGGGGCAGCUGAAGCUGCACCACCGCCCAACCCGCAGGAUGACAGUGAGAGCGAAGUUCAGCCUUAUUCCUUACCCUCGAUCCGGGAGUUGUUCCGCGUCUUGAUCGAUCUCCUCGAUCCUCACAACCGUCAACACACCGAUACCAUGAGAGUGAUGGCCUUGCGCAUCAUUGAUGUUGCUUUGGAAGUAGCCGGUCCGUCUAUUGCCCGACAUCCUAGCUUGGCUGCUUUGGCUGAGGAUGACCUCUGCCGCUAUCUAUUCCAAUUAGUCCGCUCUGAACAGCUGGCUAUCCUCACUGGAUCCCUCAGAGUCGCUGGUACAUUAUUGUCAACAUGUCGCUCUGUGUUGAAGCUGCAGCAAGAACUCUACCUAUCAUAUUUGGUGGCUUGUCUUCAUCCUCGUGUGGAAAUUCCCCGAGAAGCAGGCAUCGACCCAUGUCUUUACGAGGGUGUACCGCAGGCCCCGAAAUUGGUUAAGCAGUCGUCAUCUCAGACAAAUAGUGGGCGAUCAACCCCAGUCCCAGUCAAGGAUCGACAAAAGCUCGGACUUGAAGGUGGAUCUCGAAAACCCGAAGCUCGGGAGGCCAUGGUAGAAAGCAUAGGAGUCCUGUCCCGGAUCCCUAGUUUCAUGGUCGAACUUUUUGUUAAUUAUGACUGCGAAGUUGAUCGUGGUGACCUGUGUGAGGAUAUGAUCGGGUUGCUUUCUCGCAAUGCUUUUCCAGACUCUGCAACGUGGAGUACGACAAACGUACCCCCGUUGUGUCUCGAUGCUCUGCUUGGUUAUGUGCAGUUUAUUUACGAUCGUAUGAACGAUGAGCCAGUACAAGGAGAUUAUCCUCCGCCCGAUCAUCUUCGGAAUCAGCGGAAGACAAAGAGGAUUAUCAUCAAGGGAGCGCAGUUGUUCAACGAGGACCCCAAAGCCGGAAUUGCCUACCUUGCAGGCCACGGAAUCAUCGAAGACGCAAAAAACCCUGUGCUUGUUGCCCGGUUCCUAAAAGGGACGGGGCGCUUGUCAAAGAAAGUGCUUGGAGACUUCAUCUCUAAACGAGACAAUGAAGAAUUGCUGGGAGCGUUUGUGGACCUCCUAGAUUUCUCGGGGAGAAAUGUGGUUGAAGCACUUCGAGAGCUGCUCAGUUCCUUCCGUUUGCCUGGCGAAUCGCCCCUGAUUGAGCGAAUUGUGACAACCUUUGCGGAGCACUACACGGAGAAAGCCAAGCCAGAAGGAAUUGCGGACAAGGAUGCUCUUUACAUCCUAACCUACGCCAUCAUCAUGUUGAACACGGAACUCUACAACCCCAACGUCAAGUCCCAAAAUCGCAUGUCUUUCCCCGCUUUCGCCAGGAAUCUGCGGGGAGUCAAUGGAGGUGGUGACUUUACAGAAGAAUUCCUUCAGGCAAUCUACGACUCCAUCAAAGAAAAUGAGAUUAUUCUGCCUGAUGAGCACGAAAACAAACACGCGUUUGACUAUGCUUGGAAGGAGUUACUUCUGAAGUCGUCUACCGCCGGUGAAAUGGUGGUGGGUGAAACCAAUGUCUACGAUGCAGAGAUGUUUGAAGCAACUUGGAGACCGGUUGUGGCUACACUCUCAUACGUGUUCAUGUCCGCCUCGGACGAUGCUGUUUACUCUCGUGUGGUGAAUGGAUUCGACCAAUGUGCUCAAAUUGCUGCUCGGUAUGGCCUGACGGAGUCAUUUGAUCGAAUCGUCUCCUCCCUUGCCUCUAUCAGUACUCUCGCGACGGGUAAGCCUCCAAGCACUGCGCUCAACACCGAAGUGCAAGCAGGCAAGAAGAGCGUGAUGGUUAGCGAAUUGGCCGUGAAGAUCGGAAGGGAUUUCAGAGCGCAGUUGGCUACUGUGGUCUUGUUCCGGGUUUUGGCAGGCAACGAGUCCACCCCCAAGCAAAGCUGGGAGCACAUUGUGCGAAUUCUCAGCAACCUUUUCAUCAACUCCCUUAUCCCGCCAUUUGAUUCUAAGCUGACUGCCGAGCUGGACAUCUCUCCAAUUCCCCUGCAGCCGCCAUCCCAGGUUGUUGAACGAGAUGCACGCGGCAACGAAACUGGCUUGUUAUCUGCUUUCACGUCCUAUCUGUCAAGCUAUGCAGCCGAUGAUCCUCCAGAGCCAUCCGACGAGGAGCUUGACAACACUCUUUGCGCCGUGGAUUGUGUUACUGCAUGCUCUAUCCCUGAAAUUUUGACCAAUAUCAAAUCACUACCCCUGUCUUCGUUGGAAUCGCUUGUAGGGGCCCUGUUAUCCCAACUUCCUGAAGAGAACGCGCCUGCCGUCAUUGUUGUGAAGCCAGAAAGGCCGAGCCACGUGUCAAGGCCGACGAGCGCCAGGGUUGACCCCAAUCGGCCUAAAUACGAUCCCUCGAUGAUCUUCAUUUUGGAGCUGGCAACCGUUCUCACCCUUCGUGAUGACAAGACCCUCGAAACCCUCGGCGAAACGUUGGCGACUACGCUCCAAACCUUGGUUCGCGAUGCAAAGAACCUUCAUCCACUGACAGUAUCUCGUGUUGUGUCUUACCUGCUGAACCUGCUGAGACUAAGCCAUGAUCAACAUUUCCUGCGAGUACCUGUCGUGCUCCACGCGAUUUCUGGGUAUGAUCAAGAUGUAUUGGACACCGUUGCCGUGCCGACAGUGAAGGGCCUUGCACGAUGCAUUGCUCACACCGGCCGUCUGAGAAAUGAAAUUACCAUUUCUCCAGACUUCUGGUCCAUUUUGCAACGGCUACACCAGCACGAGGAGGCCGCUCCGCUAGUCUUCGAGCUCCUUCAAAGCAUUAUCGACUCUAUGCCUGACAUUGUCACGGCCGACAACUACGAAUCCGCCGUUGCUCUAGCGAAUGACUUUGUCAGUGCAGGGCAUGUGGGGUCUAUCGACGAGCGUCAGAGAGAUGCUCAGGGUCGACGAGCCAAGGGUGUCAAACAAACCAAAUCCAGUGAGAACCAGGUCGUCGCUCGCGGCAUCAAAGCUAUUGGGUUGAUAUAUCACCUUACUGGGCGAGUGCCCACGCUUAUCAAGCAGUCCCACCUCGAAGAGCGUGAAGCCUGGUCUGCAUACUGGUCUCCUAUUUUCGAAUCCCUUCGUGGCCAGUGUACCAAUCCAUGCCGUGACAUCCGACACCAUGCCAUUUCCACUUUGCAACGAGCCCUCCUGUCAGCUGAGUUGAUCUCUGGCGACGACCAGGAGUGGGCCACCAUUUUCGACGAGGUUCUUUUCCCGCUCAUCCUGCGCCUCCUCAAGCCAGAGGUUUAUCACUCUGACCCCUUUGGCAUGGGUGAGACUCGAGUGCAAGCAGCGACAUUGGUCUGCAAGAUCUUUUUGCGCUUCCUUGACCAACUUCCCAAUCGGGAAGGCAUGCUUCCUCUUUGGCUCCAAAUUUUGGAUAUCCUCGACCGGAUGAUGAACAGUGGCCAGAGUGACAGCCUGGAAGAAGCCAUUCCUGAAAGCUUGAAGAACAUUCUCCUCGUCAUGGCUGACGGUGGCUACUUGGUGCCCCCAUCCCACGAUCCCAGCAAAGAGGAGAUGUGGGUGGAGACUCGGAAGCGCCUCGGUCGAUUUUUGCCGGACUUGUUCGUCGAGAUUUUCCCCGAUGCAGCCAAGGAGUCCGAGAGUCCUCGGCCAGGCUCCGCAGCUCCAUCGCCACCCCAGCCGGCCAGCGAUGCUGGAAGGACGAGCGAAGAAACUGCGCCGUCGCCGCAUGAUGCUGGGGGCGAUGCCACGGAAGCCGACCCUGCCGAUGCUCAACCUGCUCCCGAGGGAGCUGCCUCAUCAUAG